AUGGCGUUGCAAACACAGGACACAGGCGUCGUCGCUGCAAAACCCACAAUCUUACAUCUUGGUGACGACAUACGCUGGAAUCAUGAACUCUACGGCGAGUUGCAGGCCAAGUUCAAUAUCGUGCGGACGUAUUCGAUGAGCCGCGAGGAGUUUAAGCAGGCGCUGAGGGAGAAGCGGUGGGGGGAUUUUGUAGGGAUGUACCGACCGUUUUGGAAUACUGGGGGGGAAAUGGGGAAUUGGGAUGAGGAGUUGAUCUCCCUCCUCCCCGCCUCGUGCAAAAUCUACGCCUCCGCCGGCGCAGGCUUCGACUGGGUCGACACGCGCACCCUCGCCCUCCACGGCACCAUCUACUGCAACUCGGCCUCGGCCUGCACCGAAUCCGUCGCCGACGCCGCCAUCGUACUAAUCCUCUCCUGCUACCGCGCAAUCACGUGGUCCUUCCUCGCUGCGCGCUCCCUCUCCCCCGACCAAUUUCACGAUGCAAACCGCAACAUCGCCGCCGUAACACACAACCCCAAUCACAGCGUUCUCGGCAUCAUCGGACUGGGCCGCAUCGGCAUGCGGAUCGCGGAGAAGGCGACACGAGGGUUCGAAAUGCGGAUUGCGUACUACGAUGUUGUGAGGCAGGAUGCCGAGCGAGAAAAGAGUGUGGGAGCGACGUAUUGUGCGUCGCUGGAGGAGUUGCUGGGCAUGGCGGACUGCGUGGUGCUGGCUACGCCGUUUGAAGGCGAAGUACUACUUUCCACACCCCAGUUUAAUCAGUUUAAGAAAGGGGCGCACCUGGUGAAUAUUGCGAGGGGGAAGUUGGUGGAUGAGGAGGCGCUGAAUAGGGCGUUGGAUGAGGGGAGGGUGGGGGCCGCGGGACUCGAUGUCCAUGCGGAUGAGCCGCGGGUGAAUCAGAGGUUGGCGACAAGGAAUAAUGUUAUGGUGCUGAGUCAUACGGCAGGAGCCAGUGUGGAGAGUCAUAUUGGGUUUGAGCGGUUGGGUAUGGAGAAUCUGCUAGGGUGGUUGAGAGAGGGGGAGAAGGGAUGUGUUAGUGCGGUUAAUCUGCAGUGGUUGAAGAGGGAGUGA